GUUUCUUCUUCUCGCGCUCCGGCGACGCCGCGACCAUGCCGUCGUGGCCGAACAGCAACGAGAUGUCGGACGACGAUGACGAGUACAUGAGCGAGCUCAACAGCAUGCAGAUGGAGUACUUUCAAACUCCUGACACUGUGAUAGACCCUAGUUUCUGUGGGCUUGUGACUGAAUCUGACAGAAGGUGCAUCCUGCACAGGCAGAGGGCGGGCAAGUUUGUGGCAUUUGAAGGCAUUGACACUGGCAGGAGAUUCAUAGGAUGUGCUACUGAGGAUGGUGUGAACUGUGGUGUUCUGGAGUGGGUAGAUGCCCCCUGGCCUGUAAUUCUGCAAAGGUGCUUAAGCAAGCUCUGGGAUAUGUAUCAUGAGCAGAACCUUGGUAGAGCCCAGGAUAAUGAGGCUCAUGGGAUAGAGGUUGCAAAACUGCAGAAGGAGCUUGAUUCUCUGGCCAAUCAGUAUAGCCAGCUGGUGGAUGAUGUGUCCAAGUUGUUUGAUUUUCAGGAUGGAAUCAAAUCUCAUGACAUGGAUUGCACAAGCCAGGCAAUCAAUGAACUGAAGGAGAAGAAGAAGCAACUUGAGGAGCAGGCAAAGAUUGAGCUUCAAAUGGAGAAGCUUAAGCUCAAGAAAGAACAAAGGUGCAUCCUUCAGAGUCAAGCUGAUAUAAUCCAAAACACAAGGAAGGCCAUGAAGGAGCUAGAGGUGGAGAAAGAUCUCCUUAAAGAAGAGAAGAAGAAGCUGGAGAAUGUCAUUGCUGAGCUCCUUAAGGUUGGUCAUGGGUGCAAGGAAAAGUUGGACAAGAUAAAGGAAGUUGUGAUGGAGGAGUGAAGUGGCAGCUCUGGAUGGUAAGUAUAUAUGAGGCCUAUAUAUAUAAUUGGCCUAGGAAUGAUCAGUCUGAUGCAAAUAUGCCCUGAUCUACCUAUGAACUACCUUUGAACUACCUAAGAACUGUAAUGGGUUCAGAUCAUUUUGGUUGGUGUGGGGGUGGUGUUUGCCCUGAUCUGUACUGCCCAAAUAUUAUCCUGAUGCUGAGAACUGGUGCUAAGUUAAGUUAAGAACUAAAUUAUCUAAGUCUGAUGUAGUUUAUUUGUGUGUGUUGUAUCAUA